AAGCCAAAACCAAGGAGCUUGUUUUCACAACGUGACAAUGCUGGACUCUGUGGGACUGAGCUUUGUGGUGCUGCUCUCAGCAACGGGAGCAGUGACAGUAGACAGAUGAGUUUUACUGCACUUCAAACUAACAAGAACAAAUCUAGAGAAGUGGAGUACGACUACUACAAAUACCAUCCAAUGUCAGAGAUCACCAACUGGAUGGUUCAGAUUGCUGAGAAUCACUCUGAUGUUGUGACCAUUGUAAACUAUGGACAGACUUAUGAGAAGAGGACGAUUAGCUUACUCAAGAUUGGCCUGAAUACUGACUGGAAAAAGAAAGCUGUGUGGAUGGACUGUGGUAUACAUGCACGGGAAUGGAUUUCUCCAGCCUUCUGUCAGUACUUUGUCAGGCAGAUCCUGCAAACAUACAAAACAGACCCAAAAAUUGAAGAGAUGAAGAACAUGGACUUCUAUGUUACUCCUGUGCUCAACGUGGAUGGCUACAUCUACUCCUGGAAGGACAACACAACUCGACUGAGGAGGAAGAACAGAUCACCAGGACCUUCAGACUGUGACUGUUAUGGCACCGAUCUCAACCACAACUUUGACGCCUACUGGAGCACAAUUGGAGCAUCAUUUAACUGCUGCUCAAGGACCUUCUGUGGGAGCAGCGCUUUGUCUGAGCCUGAGGCCCAGGCUGUAACCUACUUUGUAGGAACCCGCAAAGACCACUUCCUGUGUUUCUUCACCAUCCACUCCUACAGCCAGCUCCUCCUGAUUCCCUAUGGAAACCCCAAUUUCACCGCCCCCAACUACGAUGAGCUGUGUGUGCUUCCUCAGAUGAAGGUGGGUCUGGCUGCAGCAAAUGAAAUUAAGAAGGUCCAUGGGAUGAACUACACUGUAGGAACCUCGCCAGAUAUACUGUAUGCCAACUCUGGUACAUCUAGUGACUGGGCCGGGCUGCAAGGGAUCCCUUUCGUCUAUACCUUUGAGCUGACAGAUAACGGGAUCGGCUUUGAGCUUCCUGAGGAUCAGAUCCAGCCGACCUGUGAGGAGGCCUAUAGAGGAGCCCUCCACGUCAUCACCUCUGCCCACGAUAACACUUUCAAUGGUGCUGUGGACGCCACUUUCACAACCCUGUGGACCCUUCUGUUAGCAGUGGGUGUCACCACCAGCACCACCCUGUUGUGAGGUGGAGAAGGAAACUUCUGUUCAAUAAGUAACAAUGCAUGCUUGUUUUUUCUUAUUAUAUUAUAAAACUGUAGUAAAGUGUCUGAAAGAGCUGAAAUGUUCUUCCAUAUCUGUCAUAUUACAGUGGUAGUCUAAUGUCCA